AAACCGUGUUGACUGCCGAUGGGAUGUGGUCGCAGUGGCAAUGUUCACAAACCUCUUUGCGGUGGCCACCAGUCGGACCAUGGGGUGGUUCUACGUGGCCUUUAUUGAGGAGUUCAGCUUGAAUCGCGAAACCUCUUCCUGGCCAGGUUUUCUGCUCAUGUGCUGCCACCGAACUUCAGGUCUGUUGGUUGGCAUGCUCCACAAGCACAUGUCACUGUUUCUGAUUGGCCUGAUGGGCAGCUUUCUCGCAUGGGGGGGUAUGGCAGCAUCUGCGUUUGCUCCGAGCAUUUCCUGGAUGUCCUUUACCAUGGGGAUUGUGCACGGCAUUGGUGCCGGAGUUGUGAUCCAGUCGCAUACGGUGGUGGUCCUGCAGCACUUCAGCAAAUAUAGAGGCGUAGCAGCAGGUAGUAUGUUCACAGCUAAUCCCACUAGCGCCAUCUUGUUCCCGGCUGUAUUGUCGGCCCUCAAUGACGCCUACGGCUUCCGUGGAGCUGUGCUUGUCUACGGUGCUCUCAUCAUGCAUAUAUCCGCUUUAUGUCCCAUUUUGAAAGAGCCGCCCUGGAUUACCAAUGCAGGAACAAUGAGAGAAAACGGUGUACAUGGAAACCAGCGCCUGCGGUCAACGCUCGUGGACUACGUGAACACUGUACACAUCUAUACAAUGGUAGACUACGCGCGCGACAAGGGUGUGUCCCGCACGCACGCUACGAUGUCCAUCACAUACGCCGCACCACCGGAGAUUCUUGGGCGACUACUUGUACCUCUCAUCGCAGAUAUGGGCUGGCUGAGCAGGCCGUUUCUAGCAUGUGGAUGUGCGAUAACCGCCGGGCUACUUUUUGCGGUCACACCGGAGACAGUGCAAAUAACACAUCUCGUGCUUCGGGCGCUGUCAUCAGUGACAAUGGGUGUGCUUGCCACUAUGAAGACAGUGCUGGUAGCCGACUACAUGGGGACCGACGCAGUGUGCGUCGUGUCAGGAGUGUCAGGCUCACUCCUCGUUCCCCUAAUGCUCUGCAAUCCCUUGAUAUUUGGUUUCUUCCGGGACCGCAUGGGCUCCUAUGACAACCUAUACCGCAUAGUGGCCGGAAUAAUUUUGUGUGGAGGGCUAGCCCUCAUUGCCUGUUUAGUUCGUUCAAGCAGGUCCAUAUCGACAAGAGUGAAAAUCUCUGAUGGUGACGUAUGAAGGUAAAAUUAGACAAUAGGAAAUGUCCGCAAGUGUAUGUUGCUACAUCAUAAGGUACGCGCACAUAUAUAAAUAUGUGAGAGAAGGCAAGACAGAAGCCUCAUAAGCAGCCUCAGAUGUUGCAUUUUUUAAGACUUCAAG